AUGGUUUCCUCUGAGAUACCUUCAGUUACAACAACCCAUACACAACGCCCCAAGCUCUUUACAGGGAUGAUACUUCUGCCAAAAGGGCCUCCAGAUGUUGUCCUUCCUGAAAAUGUUGAGUUUGAUUUUAACGAUGUUUUUGGUGCUACGGCGGUCCAGACCCCCACAGAAGUAAGCAUUCUCACUCCAGGCAGCCCUGCACCUUUGGCCGAGUCGAAUGAGGAGGUUUACAAUGACCCUGUAGUCAUUACCAAGCGAUCUCAUUCUCUUGUUGGCCCAACUUCACUUGUUAGCCAAUCCUUGCCACUUAGUAAGCUUACUCUACAUGAGUCCGAUAGCUCAUUAGAUCUGCUAGAGUGUCUUUCUAAAGAAAAGAAAAGUGGCCAGGGGAGUCUUAGUGAUGAAGAGCUCAAUGAUACAACAAAGGAGAAUGAGGCUGUUGGACUCGAUGACUUUGAACUCUUGAAGCUUGUUGGCCAAGGGGCAUUUGGCAAAGUCUAUCAGGUGAGAAGGAAGUGUACUUCAGAUAUCUAUGCAAUGAAAGUCAUGAGGAAAGACAAGAUUUUGGAGAAGAACCAUGCUGAGUACAUGAAAGCAGAGAGAGAUAUACUGACAAAAGUUGAUCAUCCUUUUGUGGUGCAGCUGCGGUACUCCUUUCAGACUAAGUACCGACUUUAUCUAGUCUUGGACUUUGUAAAUGGGGGCCAUCUCUUCUUUCAGCUUUACCAACAAGGCUUGUUUAGCUUCUACGUAUGUGGUAGGGAGGAGCUUGGACGCAUCUAUACUGCUGAAAUUGUAUCUGCUGUAGCCCACCUUCAUGCCAAUGGGAUUAUGCAUAGAGAUCUGAAGCCUGAGAACAUCUUAUUGGACGCUCAUGGCCAUGCCAUGCUAACUGAUUUUGGCCUGGCAAAGGAGUUUGAUGAGAACACUAGGUCAAAUUCAAUGUGCGGCACUGUGGAGUAUAUGGCCCCAGAAAUUGUUCAGGGCAGAGGUCAUGAUAAAGCUGCAGACUGGUGGAGUGUGGGGAUCCUUCUUUUCGAAAUGCUUACGGGCAAGCCCCCAUUUUUUGGUGGAAACAGGGACAAGAUUCAGCAGAAUAUAGUGAAGGAGAAGAUGAAGCUUCCGACGUAUUUGUCUAGUGAGGUUCACUCUCUGCUGAAAGGGUUACUGCACAAAGAAGCUGGCAGGCGACUUGGAAGUGGACCGGGCGGCAGUGACGAAAUAAAGAACCACAAGUGGUUCAAGGCAGUGAACUGGAAGAAACUAGAGGCUCGACAGAUCAAGCCAAGCUUCUGCCCAAAUGUUGCUGGGCAGACCUGCAUUGCAAACUUUGACGAGUGCUGGACGAGUAUGCCGGUGCUGGACUCUCCCGUGGCCAGCCCUGUUGCUGCAGAUAGCAACUUCGUGGGGUUCAGUUACGUGCGGCCGGAGCCAUUCCUUCAAAAGCCGAGUCCUCUAGGCUAA